GUCCAGUUUUUUACGGGUCAAAGGUUGGGUCACCAAAACGAUGAUAUCAUCCCAAGAACCCAUUUUCCGUGACGUAGUACACAUUGGCAUGACCGAAGGACGAAAAUAUACGAUGAGGAAGCUCGUCUGGAGAAGGAUCUGAAGACCUGACAGCAUCUUAAAGCAGAUAGGAGAAAAGCUGAGAGUGUCUUAAAGGGAAGGAGAUGGGAAGAGAUCUGCUGUUGGUUUAAAGACACGACAAUGCGUUGGUUCAGAAGUGCCUAGCAAAGUCUCCAGGACAAGCUGCAUGAUUUUUGGUUGGUCUCUUCUUGACGUGGUGUUGAUCAUACCAACACUUUGCACGGUCGCGCUCGGAGUGUUCUUAUACAUCAGCGACAAGAUGUCGUUCUGUAUACGAGGGGACAAGGCCAACAAAGUUUCGGCGGAGAUAGACACAAGUAACGUUUACCACGAGAAACAGCUGAGAGAACUGUGCGCGCUGCACGCACUGAACAAUCUGUUCCAGGAUGAAAACGCAUACUCCAAACAGACUCUGGAUGAAAUUUGUCAAAGACUCUCACCUGAUUCCAUGGUGAACCCCCACAAGAGCAUGCUGGGCCUUGGGAACUACGAUGUGAACGUGGUGAUGGCAGCCCUACAGGAGAAAGACUGUGAGGCCAUCUGGUGGGACAAACGGAGAAACGUGGAUGUGAUCAACCUGGCCAACGUGAAGGGCUUCAUCCUCAACAUCCCGUCGGACCUGAAGUGGGGCCCGGUCACCCUGCCGCUCAAGCGCAAACACUGGAUCUGUGUGCGCCAGAUCGACGGCAUCUACUACAACUUGGACUCCAAGCUGAACGUGCCUGAGAUGAUAGGGGAAGCAGAGGAACUAAGAACGUUUUUGAGGAAAGAGUUGGCAGCGAAGGACAGGGAAAUGCUACUGGUUGUGUUGGGAGACGUGGAACGAGACCAGACUUGGCGUUUACCCAGCGAAGCCAGAAUAUGAAGGAACAGAAACGGUUUUUGUGUAAAAUAAGACUGUUCUUCUUAAUCAUUUAUGUAUAGCUCACAGCUGUUUAUUGGCUGUUUUUCUUAUGUUGUCAUUUUUCAUAAAUGUGUUAAGUCAUUCACCGUGAGGUAAUUGUAGCAAGCUUUUUUUCUGUAUGUUUUUUUGCAUUUCGUAAAUGUACUUAGGUUGCUUGUUGGAUACAAAUCAGAUUGUAGUCACGAAAAUGCAGCCUAAUAGAACCAUGCAUAGAAGUGUAAUUAUCUUGCAAUGUUUUAACUUAACCUGCCUCUGAAAUGAUAGCAUCCUCCUACUGUAUGUUGUGCACUGCGCAACAUGUACUACUUGAACAAUGGGUCAGUUCUUACCUUGGCGAUGAUGUAAAAGC